GUUCACUAAGGCAACUGGUUAAAAAGCCCAGAGCAGUUCAUUUCCAGAUCACUUCUCUCCAUGCAACACCAUCAAUAGGAUUACCAUUGAUUAGACUACUACUUCUUGCUCAGAGAUGUCUCAUAACCAUAUGGCCACAUCUGAUCCUCAUGCCGGUCACCAUAUGACCACAUCUGAUCCUCAUGCCGGUCACCAGCAUCCAACUACAGCAGGACACAAUCAUGGUGGAGGCGGCGGUGGUGGAGGUUGUGGCAUGCACAUGAUGCCCAUGUCUUUUUAUUUUGGAUAUGAUAAGGUUGAGCUGCUCUUCUCUGGCCUUGUGAUUAAUUCCGGCGGAGAAAUGGCGGGUGCCUUUGUGGCAGUCUUUUUAUUGGCCAUGCUGUACGAGGGGCUGAAGAUUGCGCGUGAGGCAUUGCUCAGGAAGUCACAAGUCAGCAUUCGCUACAACUCCAUGCCUGUACCUGGACCAAAUGGAACAACCUUGAUGGAAACUCACAAAACUGUGGGGCAGCAGAUGCUGAGCCUUCCCCAUGUUAUACAGACGUGUUUACACAUUAUCCAAGUGGUGGUGAGCUACUUCCUGAUGUUGGUCUUCAUGACAUACAACGCGUACCUGUGUAUCGCUGUUGCUGCUGGAGCCGGAACUGGCUACUUCCUGUUCAGCUGGAAGAAGGCAGUUGUGGUAGACAUUACAGAACACUGCCAUUAACUUUACAUGUGGGAGGUGUAUGUGAUGGACACUUAAACCUGGGUUAUCAUGGCCUCAUAACCAAGUGGAUAGUUCCUACAUGUCUCCAAAAAGAAACACUGUUUGUUGUAAUCUGAGCGCUUUAGUGCCUUGUUUGCCAACAUAUCCAUAAGUGACAUCCUUCAACAUCAUUCUAGGUACGCUAAAAUGCCACUUGAUGAAGUAGUCAACUAGUGUAAUUCAUCUCAUCUACUCCACCUCCCCAAACUUUACAUCAACCAAUUAUACUUCAAGCCUUGAUGAUCCGUUUGGCCCAUGUAGCAAGACCAGCUUCACAGUCUCUUAAUGGAUAUCUGCAAUAGCCGUUGGGGCACUCCCUACUUCUGAGCUCUGCUUUGAAGAAAACCAUUCACCAGUUGUGCUAAACCACCUUGAGGUGUGAUACCCAUUGGCCUUGGAUAUUUACUUGUGAGCACUGUGGCACAAAGGCAUUGCGUUUGGUUAUUGUGAAAAUUCUGGAGUUAUAAACAAAUUAAAAUUAUUAUCGAGCAAGGACAAAAAAAAAAUAACCUUGUUCAUAAUCAGGAAGUGUAAUCUGCUAGAAAGCAAUGUGUAAGGACCGUGUCCUCAAAUGAAAGAUUUAACGGGUUUUACUCCCUUACUGAAUAUUAGGUCUUAAAAAAAUAUAUAUUCAAUUUAAAAUUUACAUUGCAGAAUUUAUUUUCAACAUUCUGUCCAGAUUGUGGCAACAAAAAUUUCCCAUUUAUAAUGUGCUUUAUAAAAUAACAUAAACUCCUGUUAUAUGUAAUGCAGUUUCAAAUGAGAUACCAGCAACUUCCAUGUAAGUAAAGAGCUAUUUGUGGUUGAUGAAUUCCACCGAUAUUAUUUGAACUUACAAUUACCCUCCACUUAAAGGGACACUGAACCCAAUUUUUUUUCUUUCGGAUACAGCAUGACAUUUUAAGCAACUUUCUAAUUUACUCCUAUUAUCAAUUUUUCUUUGUUCUCUUGCUAUCUUUAUUUUAAAAGCAGGAAUGUAAAUCUUAGCAGCCAACCCACUUUAGGUUCAGCACCAUGGAUAGUGCUUACUUAUUGGAGGCUUACAUUUACCCACCAAUAAGCAAGCAUAACCCAGGUUCUCAACCAAAAAUGGGCUCCUAUGCAUCACAUUCCUGCCUUUUAAAUAAAGAUAGCAAGAGAACGAUGAAAAAUUGAUAAUAGGAGUAAAUUAGAAAGUUGCUUAAAAUUGCAUUCUCUCUCUGAAUUAUGAAAGAUAAAAAUUUGGGUUUAGUGUCCCUUUAAGAAAACGGUUUUGGAUAUAUAUGUAAAAUCAAUGUUAAUUUAUAAAGCACACAAUUAGUCUCAAGGAACAAAAAUCCAAGUUUAAAGAGAUAUUCUGGUCAAAAUUUAAAUUCACAUAGAUGAAUUACAUCUUUGAAUAGAAACAUAUUUGCAAUAUACAUAUACUGGCAAAAAAGGCUUCUAGUAAAAGUUAUCUCUGUUUUAGUGUUAACAUUCUCCUCUGCACGUGCAUGUGAAGUAUAGCUAGGUAUUCUCAGUGCACCAGCAUAUUAAAUAAUGCAGCUGCUAAAAAUGCCAGUGGGGCUUGUAAUCAUGUCAGCCAUUAACAAAUUAAUUCAUAACCAAAUGGUACAAGCACCUUGUGCUCUAUGAGUAAGCGUUGUGUUUAAAAUGCUGGUGCACUGUGCAUAUUUAAAUACACUUUUGAAACCAGCUGUAGCUUUUACUAGAAGCUUUUUUGACAAUACAAAAAUGCAUCCAUGUGGAUUCCAAUUUUGGCUGGAAUGUCCAUUUAAUAUAAUUUUUAGUUUUAAAGAUACAUUCAUGUAAAUGCAGAUUGACAUUAUCUGUAUUUAAUAAUAAUUCUGAACCAAUAAGUGAAUAGCAAUUUAACCCCCAAAACGUAAUAUUGUUGUAAAUGUAAUUACUAGGACUAAAGGGAAAUUCACUUUCCUAUCAUGCACAUAUGAACGAGCAAUUGAGCAAGUUAAAAUAUUUCUAUGAAAAAGGUUAAGUAAAAAGGAUUAAAACUGAUAUUAAAACUAAGAUUCAAAGCAUGUAGCAUUAGUAAUGAUGUAUUACUCGCUGGCUGAGUGAUACUGUCACAAUUCUAUUGGAUGAUACAUGCAAAACCGCUAUAAACAGAAAACUUAAAGUUUUAUUCAGUACGGGAAUAUUAAACAAAACAAAAACAAUAUAUGUAAUACGUUUUCAAAUAUCCUUUUAGGUGCAACAGAAAAAAAAAGUGUUUUUAUGAAUAGAAGAGUUACAUCCAAAAUAUAUUGGCUUAUAAAUUCUAUUUAUUUUCACUAAGUUAUCAUUUACUUUUAACCCUUUGAGUGCUAAGUAAUUUCCCACCUGGAUUUGAGUUUUGUUUUUGUUUUUUUAAUAUAUUUGUUUACCUUUUUUUUUUCAGACCCCCAAGACUUAUACGUUGGAAAGGUUAGACGAUUACCUUUCCAACAGUGGGUCUUGGGGGUCUGUAGCUGCUUAGAUGCCUGAGAUACAGGCUUCUAAUCAGCAUGCCCUCAUUUCCCUAUACUGUCCAUUGUAAUUUUUAAAUAAAGUUGUGCAGUCAUCACGUCAUUGCGUGAUGACUCAGAGCCGUCGUUAGCACUCAAAGGGUUAUUAUUAUUUAAAGGGACAUGAAACACAAUUUUUUUUUCUUUUAUGAUUCAGUUAGAGUAUAUGAUUUUAAACAACUUUCCAAUUGACUUCUAUUAUCUAAUUUGUUUUGUUGUUCAAUCCUUUAUUGAAAAGGAUACUGAGGAGUUGCUGAUUGGUAGCUAGCUGCACAUAUAUGCCUUAUGUUAUUGGCUCACCGGAUGUGCUCAGCUAGUACCCAGUAAUGCAUUGCUGCUGCUUUAACAAAGGAUACCAAGAGAAUGAAGCAAAUUAGAUAAUAGAAGUAAAUGGGAAAAUUGUUUAAAAUCGCUUUCUUUAUCUGAAUGAUGAAAGAAACAAAUUUUCAUUUUUCAUGUCCCUUUAAAUAAAUUCCUCCAGAAACAAUCUCUCUCCCUUAACCAAACUCAAGGACUUUGUUGCUACAUUGUCGUCACUCAAAAACUACACCACAUUAUGUAAUUAAGAUGAUGAUAUUGAAUAAAAUUGACAUGAAGAUAAUGAUAGUUAUGAAUAUAGAUUAUAGAAAUCUACAGUGACAAUGUUAUUAUUAUUUUUUUUUUAAUUUAAACCUUCUUUCAUUUAUGUAUUUAGUGUAAUAAUGUGAAGAUUUUUUUUUAUAAAUUUUUAUUUUUCCUGUAAUGAACAUCAAGGAAAAAAGAAAAAUCAAGCAUUUUAAUAAAAUAAUAUUACAGUAA